AUGCCCGCGUCACUCCAGUACCCGCUCCCAGCACCAGCACCAAACACCCGCUCCCAAUGCCCAAUGCCCGCAUCACUCCAGUACCCGCUCCCAAUACCAGCACCCAACACCCGCUCCCAAUACCCGCAUCACUCCAGUACCCGCUUCCAGUACCAGCACCAAACACCCGCUCCCAAUACCCGCAUCACUCCAGUACCCGCUUCCAGUACCAGCACCAAACACCCGCUCCCAAUGCCCAAUGCCCGCAUCACUCCAGUACCCGCUUCCAGUACCAGCACCCAACACCCGCUCCCAAUGCCCAAUGCCCGCGUCACUCCAGUACCCGCUUCCAAUACCAGCACCCAACACCCGCUCCUAAUGCCCAAUGCCCGCGUCACUCCAGUACCCGCUCCCAGCACCAGCACCAAACACCCGCUCCCAAUGCCCAAUGCCCGCAUCACUCCAGUACCCGCUCCCAAUACCAGCACCCAACACCCGCUCCCAAUGCCUAAUACCCGCGUCACUCCAGUACCCGCUUCCAAUACCAGCACCCAACACCCGCUCCUAAUGCCCAAUGCCCGCGUCACUCCAGUACCCGCUCCCAGCACCAGCACCAACACCCACUCCCAAUUCCCGCGUCACUCCAGUACCCGCUUCCAGUACCAGCACCCAACACCCGCUCCCAAUGCCCAAUGCCCGCAUCACUCCAGUACCCGCUUCCAGUACCAGCACCCAACACCCGCUCCCAAUGCCCAAUGCCCGCGUCACUCCAGUACCCGCUUCCAAUACCAGCACCCAACACCCGCUCCUAAUGCCCAAUGCCCGCGUCACUCCAGUACCCGCUUCCAAUACCAGCACCCAACACCCGCUCCUAAUGCCCAAUGCCCGCGUCACUCCAGUACCCGCUUCCAAUACCAGCACCCAACACCCGCUCCUAAUGCCCAAUGCCCGCGUCACUCCAGUACCCGCUCCCAGCACCAGCACCAACACCCACUCCCAAUUCCCGCGUCACUCCAGUACCCGCUUCCAAUACCAGCACCCAACACCUGCUCCCAGCACUAG